GUGGCACAGGCUCAGGGAGUGGGGACUAACUUCCUCUUGUCCCCGUAUGAGCAUGCCUGCCCCUUGCUAGCAGGUUUGGGUCUUUCACGAAGAGGAAACCAAAAGCAGUGAGAGGGAGGGAAGGCAGAGCAACCAAUCAAGGGCAGAGUGAGGUGCAAAACCGGCAGGCUCCCCGGGGAGCCGGGCAGAGGCCAGGGGCCAUGGCGGAGCUACAGCAACUGCAGGAGUUUGAGAUCCCCACGGGCCGGGAGGCCCUGAGGGGCAACCACAGCGCCCUGCUUCGAGUCGCGGACUACUGCGAGGACAACUACGUGCAGGCCACCGACAAACGGAAAGCACUGGAGGAGACCAUGGCUUUCACCACCCAGGCCCUGGCCAGCGUGGCCUACCAGGUGGGCAACCUGGCUGGACACACCCUGCGUAUGCUGGAUCUUCAGGCGGCUGCCCUGCGGCAGGUGGAAGCCCGCGUGAGCACACUGGGCCAGAUGGUGAACAUGCAUAUGGAGAAAGUGGCCCGAAGGGAGAUCGGCACCUUAGCCACUGUCCAGCGGCUGCCUCCCGGCCAGAAAAUCAUCGCCCCUGAGAACCUGCCUCACCUUACGCCCUACUACCGGAGACCCCUCAACUUCAGUUGCCUGGAUGACAUUGGCCAUGGGAUCAAGGAUCUGAGCACGCAGCUGUCGCGGACCGGGACCUUGUCUCGUAAGAGCAUCAAGGCACCUGCUACUCCCGCCUCCGCCACCCUAGGGAGAGCGCCCCGGAUCCCCGAACCCGUGCAGCCCCCCGUGGUGCCCGACGGCAGACUCUCCGCAGCCUCCUCUGCCUCCUCACUGGCCUCGGCCUGCAGCGCCGAAGGUGUCGGUGGGGUCUCCAUGGCCAAGGGGCAGGCAGCCCCCCCACCCCCUCCCCCUGUUGCCCCUGACUUCUUCCUGCUACCCCCUUCGUUGGAGAAACUGUCUUUGCCCCCACCGGCCCCAGAGCUGCCCAUGCCCCUCGACCUGCCCCCUCCUCCACCCCUGGACGUAGAUGAUCUGGAGCUGCCACCUCCACCCCCACCAGGCUUUGGGUCCGAAGAGCCCAGCUGGGUCCCUGAUGCAUACUUGGAGAAAGUGGUGACACUGUACCCAUACACCCGCCAGAAGGACAACGAGCUCUCCUUCUCUGAGGGCACAGUUAUCUGCAUCACCCGCCGCUACUCUGAUGGAUGGUGUGAGGGUGUCUGCUCCGAGGGGUCUGGAUUCUUCCCUGGGAACUAUGUGGAGCCCAUCAGCUGACAGCCUGGUCUCUGCGAUGCUGAUUCAAAGCACUGCCUUGAGUGAGCCUGAGUCCCACACCAAAGCCAGCUUCACUCAAGACUGGACCAGGCUUGCACACCUCUGGGCUGUUAACUGUUGUCUAUCCCUUCCCCCCAUUGCAGUGGGAGGGGGUCCUGGGAGAGGUACCCAGAAGCCUGCUAGAGACAGGAAAGAACUGGAAGCCAAGGUGUUUGGUGAUCUUAUCCACAGGAGACCCUUCGACCAUGCAAGACAGGGUCUCCAGCUGCAAGUGCCAACUUGGAAUA